UCAAAAUGGCGGCUUAACUGUGAGCCCAAGAUGUUGUCAGUCAGUUUUUCUGAAUUGUGAAGUUAAUCUGUUUUAAAAUAAUAUAUCUAACUAAUAAUUAAUAUAGUGCUAGUGAAUUAACAGUUUUAGGUAUGUCUGUCUCCUUUUUUAAAUCGUUUGUUAAUACAUUGAGAAAAUCUUUGCCGCGGCAUCCUAUUAUAACAGGAGCCCUGAAAUCAUUGUCAGUCAUGGAGGUGCCUAAAGUAGAAGUUAACGAGGAACAAAUUGUCUCAAACAAAAACUUUACUCGCUACAAAAGGCGAUAUAUGAAGCGACAGUGGGAGGAUGUGAACCCCAACAAAAAAGAAAACGGCGAAACUGACGAAAAGAGAAUUUGUGAUAAACCAGUAGAAAGGAUAAAGCGGAAAAAAAUGGCUGUAUUGUUAGGCUACUCGGGAGUUGACUAUUUUGGUAUGCAAAGGAAUCCUGGUGUUAGAACCAUAGAGGAAGAUUUAUUCAAAGCAUUAUGGGAAGCCAAAUAUAUCACAGAAGAAGAUUACAACAACCAACAAAACACCCAGUUCCAAAGGAGUUCUCGGACAGACAAAGGAGUUUCGGCUGCCAGACAGGUUGUGUCAUUAAAGCUACCACUUGAAGUCCAUAUAGAAGAAAUAAACAAAAAUCUACCAGAAUGUAUCAGGGUAUUUGGUGUAAAGAGAGUAACAAACAAAUUCAAUUCCAAAAUCAGUUGUGAUGCACGGACAUAUAGCUACACUCUUCCCACUUUUGUCUUUGAGCCCAGUUUAGAGACGGAAGAAGAGAGAAAGCAAUAUAGGAUAACACCAGAGAAGAUAGAAGAAGUAAACCAAGUCUUAUCAAAUUAUAAAGGAACUAAAUGCUAUCACAAUUUUACCCAAAAGAAACACUUCCAUGAUCCUUCUUCGUUACGAUUCAUGAUGGGUUUCAAUUUAGAUAAAGUUUUUGUUGAAUCAGACAUGGAGUUUGCUGUUUUAUUGGUUAAGGGUCAAAGCUUCAUGUUGCACCAAAUAAGGAAGAUGGUGGGGCUGAUGAUUGCCGUAGUCCGAGGUCAUACGGACUCCUCUACUGUGGAGAAGGCGUUCACUAAAGACAGGGUGAUGGUGCCCACCGCUCCAGGCCUAGGACUUGUUUUGGACAUGGUUCACUACACAAGGUAUGAUACUCGGUACAAGGACAGCCACGAAAGCCUGACGUGGGAGGCUGAGGAGGACACCGUCAACAAGUUCAAACAUUCACACAUCUACCCCAGCAUCGUCAAAGGUGAAGUCGAAGGCAACUCUAUGGCCGAGUGGUUGGAGAAACUAACUCAGCAUUCCUACGAGCCCAGCGAUGACGCUCCUGUAGAUAAAACAUUAGAAGACGGCGAAAAAGACCUCAAUUACGACGAAGAUGAUGAUGACGGCAACGAUGACGAUGAUGACAGCGACAACAAACGGAGGAAACAAGUGAAAGACAAGAAAAACGAUAGUAAUACGGAUGGUGUCAAGAAUACGGAAAAUGAAAUUUUGAAUACAGACAAGAAAUUAACAAAUAAUGAAAAUGAAAUUAUAGAUAAAGAAGUCUCAGUAAAUAAGGAAGAGGAGCCAAGUUUGCAGAGAAAAGAGGUUAAUUGAGUGUUUUUGUUAAUUCAAUUAAUGUAUGAAUGACAAAUGAUAAGGUUCCUGGUUCAAUUCCUGGAAAGGUCAACUUUAAAUCGAAAAUGUAACCAGAGCAUAUUAGCUAUUUUAGUUGAUGUGAUUGAUGAUAUCAAUGUAUAGGAAUUAUGAUGAAUAAUGUAGUGUUUGUAAUUAUGCUAAGUUGUAUCUAGUUUAAGUAGAUAUUUUUAUUUGACAUGGAUCAAAUGGUGCAUUUAAUGUAAUGCAUUAAUAAACAUGGCAGAGCCAUUAUUGUAAU